UUUCGCUGAUUGUUUGUUACCCCAAAAAGGAAAGUUCAUUUGUGAAAUCAAAACUUGAAAGUAUACUGUUAAAAUCUUAAAUUGAGUGAUUUCCUGGAAAGAUUUAAUGUUUGUAACUUAAUUAUUAGUGGUAUCUGUGUUGCUGAUUGUUCUUGAAGUCAAACAAUGGCUAAUUUCUUUGAGAAGUCAUGAUCUUGUAGUCUUCUUACCCUCUUUAAAUUGAGUCAUUUCUUGGAAAAAUUUGCUGCCUUGUUUUCCCUUUUUUUUUUCCGCGGUUUGUUUGGGAUUGAGACAUGUAGUAGUUGAUAUUGUUGUUGCAUCAUAAGUUGUUGACUUGUUCAGCAAUUUAUUUCUGUUGUUGAUGACUAGACCUGUCUUUCACUAUUUUGGUAGCUAUAGCUAAAGGGCUGAUUCUCUUAAUCAGUGACUUAAGAUGGGGAAGUAUCACUUUCUGAGUUGAAUAGCUUAAGCUGUUCAGAAAAUUUUGAGGAGAAGUAAUCUUCUCUUGAAGAUCCAAAAUUUUAACAAUUUUGUUAAUUUGACAAUGAAAAUUGAAAAGUUGGAUACUAUGUAAACUGCUCCCUGAUCUUUUAGGACAAUUUCGAAUACUGAUUCUGAUGCUUCAAGGUUUCUAGUAACUAUAUAUGAAAAAACUAAUUACCUUGAUAGAUGAUUGAGAAGAGCCACACGUUGAUGCUUAUCGAUUUAGUUAGUUUGGAAUCUUUUAUCUGGAAGAUGAGUUGUUCAGUCGCUAUAUUUUUAUUAAGUAUGUUUGAUCUGAGUGUUAGAUAGGACGAGGGACCUUUGGGAAACUCAUCCUUGAUUGUAGAAUGGGUUGAUAGGAUGACUUACCCUUUUUUCCUUUAUCCCAAAUAUGCAACUAAUCAAUCUAAGUGGAUAUGACGGGCGUGCUCGUCUUGGACUUGGCCGUGCCUUUUGGGUCAGCCAAGCUCAUGCGACGCUGACGUCAAUGAGGAAUGUCUUUAGCGGAGGGUCUAUCGGAAACAACCUCUCUGCCCUCCCAGGGUAGGGUUAAGGUCUACGUACACACUACUCUCCCCAGACCCCGCUUGUGAAAAUUUACUGGGUUUGUUGUUGUUGUUGUUAGUCAAUCUAAGGGGAUGCUUCAAUUUAUAUCUACAAGAUGAAAGCCUCACGGGUUAAGAAAAAAGUUGAAAUAUUCCUGGGAUCAGAUGUAAUACGUGUUACUGCUCUUGUGCUCUGACAAGAUCGAGUUGAAGCAUGAAGAAACUAGAAAACGAGAAUUCUGUGCAAUUUGAUGGUGGAAGUUCUGGUGGCUUUUCAGGUGAUGCAAGCUCAGAUGGGAGGGUUUAUAUUGAUGAAUGUAGCACAGACAGCAGUCAAGAGGAGUGCUGUUCCACCAUGCGCACAAGAAGGGAUGCAGAACUCAUGAAUGGUAGUUGUGAGGAAACCAAAAGUAGAAAAAUUGAAGGGGAUGAUGAUGACGAAUCUGGAAUCCCUUCUAGUUAUGAACUGGAUCAGUUCUGGGAGCCCCCAGAACCAGAAUGUUGUGAUGAUGAUAUGGAAGGCAGCGUGGCUAAUUACGAUGAUGAUGAAUGCGACAAUGACUUGAACUGGGGCAAGCCAACUUCUUUAAUAAACCUUGGAGAAGAAGGUUUGUGGAGCUACAAAUUUAAAGAGGAAAAGCAGAAGGCAUUGGAAGAAGUGAUGAACGGGAAGCUUAAGUCCCUUGUUAAUGACCUUCUUAAGUCUUUUGGUGUCAACUCAUCAGCGUGUGACAAUUGGGUUGAUAUAGUCACCUCCUUGUCUUGGGAGGCUGCUUCAUUUGUGAAGCCUGAUUCUGCUGAAGGAAAGGCUAUGGAUCCUAAUAGAUAUGUGAAGAUAAAAUGCAUAAGAACUGGUUCUCCCAGCCAAAGUCAAUUUAUCAGAGGCCUGGUCUUCAAAAAGCAUGCUGCUCAUAAGCAUAUGCCAACUAAGUUUGAAAAAGCUAGGUUGCUGUUGAUUGAGGGUGCGGUAGGUCUCUCUUCAAGUGAGUUGUCAUCAUUUCAUGCAAUGAAAGAGGAGAAAGACAAUGUGGUGAAGUCUAUCAUUGAAAUCCUAGAGAGGUACCAGCCAAAUGUGAUAUUAGUCGAGGAAACUGUUUCUCGUGACAUACAAGAGUCUAUCCUUAAGAAAGGAUGGACACUAGUCUUUGAUAUGAAAAAGCAUCGCCUGGAGAGAGUUGCUAUUUGCACUGUUUCACCAACAUUAUCUUCUGAAAUCCUGUCUGGCCACAAGCUCAGACAGUGUGAUUCCUUUCAUUUUCAAAGGUUUGUAGAGGAACAUGACACUUCUGCCGAUGGUGGAAAAAGGCCUAGCAAAACACUGAUGUUUAUUGAGGGCUGUCCUACUCAUCUGGGAUGCACGAUUUUGUUAAUGGGAGCUAACAGUGAUGAACUGAAGAAGAUUAAAUGUGUGGUACGCCUGUCAGUGAUCAUGGCAUAUAAUUUAAUCCUCGAGACUUCUUUCCUUCUUGAUCAAAAAGCAAUGUUCUCGACUAUUCCUCUUAGCCAGGAGGUGAAUUCAAUAGUUACUGAUGAAACCCCAUCUGUUAGUGCUGAACAAGAAAUUCUUUCUACCGUUACUGAGGCGAAUUCUUCCUGUUCAAUUGAUGUCCCAAUAUCCAAUGGCUUCCAUCAAGAAGUAAGUCAUAACGUAGAAGCACAAGGCAAUCCUCUGUCAUUUGAGCCAUAUGACCCAGUUGUUCUUUCUAGUUUGUCGUCUCUCUCAGCCUCUCUGAAUAAGGUUAUGGGGGACAAGUUUCCUCUCUUCUCCACCUCUGGUCAAUCCAUGCCCUCAUGUUUCAGUGAUAAUGGAGCCAACAAAGAUGAUCAGGAACAAGCUGAUAUUCAAGCUCCUUACGCCACUGAGGUGGUUAAUCAAAGUGAUACCGAUCAGAAAGCUAAUAGCUCUGAUGAAGAGAUGGCAUCUGAAAAACAGCAGUUGCAGACUCCAAUAAUGAGCCAGGGAGAGUCUUCGGUAUCUGGUAAAGAGCGUGAAGACCAAGGGCAUUGGGGGAAUGGUGUUACAUCAUCAGCAGAUACUGAUAGUAUUUUGGUUCUGAUAUCAAGCCGGAAUGCUUCAAGAGGGACUAUGUGUGCCCAUAGUCAUUUUUCUCGCAUAAAGUUCUAUCAAAAUUUUGAUAUUCCCCUUGGAAAAUUUUUGCAGCAUAAUUUGCUAAGUCAGAAACUCCCAUGUACGAACUGUGAUGGAUCCCCCGAAGAUCACAUUUUCUAUUAUGCACAUUACAAUAAGCUACUUGCAAUUCAAGUUCGUUCUCUUCCAACGGACAAGGGGCUUCCAGGUGAAAGUGAAGGGAAGAUUUGGAUGUGGAGUCGUUGUGGUAGAUGCAAGUUUCAAACUGGUAGCUCAAAAUCAACGAAAAGAGUUUUAGUAUCCACUGGUUCGCGUGGUUUUUCAUUUGGAAAAUUCUUGGAGCUCAGCUUCUCAAAUACCUCUUUGUUUAAUAGACUGUCGUCUGGCUGUGGUCAUUCUUUGCACAGGGAUUUCCUCUACUUCUUUGGAUUAGGGCGUAUGGUUGCUAUGUUUAAGUACUCAACCAUUACUACCUAUUCCGUGUCUCUUCCUCCAGAGAAGCUGGAGUUUAGCAGUUCUGUCAAUGGAGAGUUUCUUAAGAAGGAACUUGAAGAUGUGUACAAGAAAGGGACCACGAUGUUUCUUGAUGUAGAAAAAGCUUUGAAGGCAAUAGAGCCUCGUUUUGUUGGAACGGUUCUAAAUCUUCAGGGAUCAAUGAGGAAAUUUUCUGAAAUUGAGAAAAUGUUGAAGGAAGAGAGAACUCAAUUUGAGAUUGAUAUUCAAAAUGCUGCUAUGGAUGAAAAUCAGGGCGUCGUCGUAUUUAAACUUCUAACGUUGAAUAGAAUACGGCUGGAGCUUUUGCUCGAGUCCUGUGUGUGGGAUCGCCGUCUUCAUUCAUUGCUAUCAUCUGAUUGUACAGCAGCUGACCCCAAAUCUGUUGACCAGAAGGUUGAUACACUGCCAAGUAUCAAUACUAUCAACGACUGGGAGCAACAAGAGAAAGGCAGUGUUAAAGGAGACAGUAACGGCGCGAAGAUAUAUCCGGAAAGAGAUGACAGAGCAUUGGAAGAUGUUGCUGAUCUGAAAAGCAAGCUAGUUGAAAGCUCUUGUGCAGAGAAUAACAAUUGGACCGAAACUACUGGAGGAAGUUGCGGUGAUGUUUUGGAUGCUGACCAUCAUCGGAAGUCGAAUGUUGAAUCAUCUGCAGAAGCAAAUGGUCUUCCCAUUAAAGAAAUCUGUGUUGAUACGCAUGAUUAUAGACAAGAUGAACCAUCAACUUUAUCUGCUUUCUGUGAUGGUGCUGAGUCGACAACUGCAGCUAAAGUAAAUGGGAGUGAAGUAUCCCUUCAGGAUGUGACAGUGAACUCUGAUCUCUCUGAUCACUGCCUUUUUGGUAAUGAAAGUAACUUACAGCUCAAUCUUCCUUCAUCCAUUCAAUUGGAGACGGACAAACGAAUCAUCGUUGAUGCUGAUGCUGGAGGUGCCCAUGAUUUUAACCAUUCCCAGAGUAGAUCCCUGUCCUCAAUAUUUUCCAACACAGAGAAUGAUGAAGGGUGGUGGACUCCAUUCUCUGAAAUUUGGCGCCAAUACCUGGAGGAUCUCCAGAGAGGUCACCUGCCGAAAUUAGGUUCUAUCACAAACCAUGAUGUAGAAUCUACCACUUAUAAACUUAUUACACAUGAGGGUGCAAAGCUGCACAUUCCCCUUGGAAGUGAUAAGUUCAUUGUGUCUGAUUAUGAAGAUGAAUUUUCCAGCAUAAUUGCUUGUGCUUUGGCCUUGCUGAAGGAUUUGCCCAUUGAAAGUGAAGAUCUUGGAGGCGAUGGCAGAAAAGAUAGAGGAACUGAUGCUAAGGCGUAUGAGAGUUCACAAGGCGUAAUGCGGAUAUUCUCUGUAGCUUCUCCACAUUUGUCUUCAACUGGUUCAUUGGAUUUAACACGGUUUCACUCUUCAAACAUUUCAGAGGAAACACGCACAGCAAGUUUAGAUGGGGGAUUAGAUUUGUUAAAUUCAUCGGUUUCUUUCACGGUUCACCCGGAAGUCUCCAUGGGUUUGGGUAAAUUAACUGGAAAGUACAAAUACUCAGUCCUCUGUCUCUAUGCCAGCCAAUUUCGUCGUUUACGAGAUCGAUGGUGUACUUCAGAAGUUGAUUAUAUUGCUUCCUUAAGUAGGUGUAGGAGCUGGGAUGCAAAAGGUGGGAAAAGUAAAUCUUUGUUUGCCAAAACAGUUGACGAUCGGUUUAUCAUCAAGGAAAUUAAAAGAGCAGAAUUUGACUCAUUCUUGAAGUUUGCUACUCAAUAUUUUGAGUACAUGGAUCAGUGCCAUGAGAAGAGGAAUCAAACCUGCCUUGCAAAAAUUCUUGGCAUUUAUCAGGUCAAUGUAAGGCCAAGAGGUGGCAAAGAGACAAGGCAUGAUCUCAUGGUGAUGGAGAACCUUUCAUUUAAUAGAAGUACUACUCGGCAAUAUGAUCUGAAAGGCGCUUUGCAUGCUCGAUUUAGUUCAGCUGGAAAUGGUGCAGGAGACGUUCUUCUGGACCAAAACUUUGUUAACGACAUGAAUGUUUCUCCUUUAUAUGUUGGUACGAGAUCAAAGAGGGAUUUACAACGCGCUGUAUGGAAUGACUGUACUUUCCUCAGGUCAAUCAAUGUGAUGGACUACUCUCUACUUGUGGGAGUGGAUAGUCAACGCUGUGAACUUGUUUGUGGCAUCAUCGACUAUCUCAGGCAAUAUACAUGGGACAAGCAGCUUGAGAAUUGGGUCAAAUCUUCGCUCGUUGUUCCCAAGAAUCAGCUUCCUACUAUCGUCUCGCCAAAAGAGUACUAUAAGAGAUUUAGGAAGUUCAUCGACACACAUUUCUUAAGUGUUCCAGACCAUUGGUGCUCCCAAAAAUCUUCAAAUCCUUGCAAACCUUAUGGCACAAUAAGUGGUAUUGCUUCACCACAGGCGGAGUCUGAUGGUGAUUCUGAUCAACCUAAGUUGACUGGUGAAGGCGAAUAUGAAGAUGCUAAUUCUACUGCCCAAGAGAAACAAAAUGGUUUUACCACCUGACUUCUCUUCCCUUUUAAGUGGUUCCAAUCAUUAAUUUCUGUACAUAGUUGUUUGUCGCCUGAGCCCCUAGAUAUAUAUCCCCCUCUUAUUUCUGCGAUUAUUUUUAGCAAAUUCAUGAGGAUGGUUUUAUUCUUUAGGUUCAUUUCUAGCUUGCAGUAUAUACCAAAGUUUUUGUCAUGUCUAUGACUCAUCAUAUAAAGCCCUUUAGUAGCUCGAGUAUUAUUAGCGAUCAAAGGGAAAAAAGAUAGCAGCUGAAGCUGCUUAUGGUUAUAUUUUUUGGCUGUAAGACAAUAUUCCUAUUAAUCCAUUGUUGAGUUCAUGGUUUUGAGUUUU